GGCUGACCUGGUUCUUUCCCCAGGUGCUCAAUCAGUGCUUCAGGCCAGGACUCAGCAGUUCCCAUACACCUGUGUAUGAAAAGCACAAGCUGGUUGUGCAGGGGUAACUCCAACCUGUGCCCUGGGGGUGCUGUUUGCAGCAGCACGGAUCUCCAAUGUGGGGUGUUUUAGAAGUACAGCAGAGCAAGCACACAAUUUACAAAUAAAUAAAUAUGCGUAUGUUGGGAAUGAGCUCUCAGGAAACCUAUACCCGUAGGGCUGUGCGAUAAAGAGGACCACAGGUUUACAGACUGGCAAAGGAGGCAAGGCAAUGAAUCAGGCACAGAACGGCUCAGGUUGAAGCGGCCAAUAGAGAGCAGUGCUGUGGGAGCAGGCUGCCACAUCACAACAUGGCGGCAGGGAGUGAUGCGGCCUUUCCGGAACCUUCUUAAGGGAGCAGCUGGGCGCCAUCUCUGAGAGCCUUAAGGGUGAGCAGAUGGAGAUGCUGGUGCCAGGGGUGGCCUUUGUGAGGUGCUUCACCUCCAUUUUGAAGGUGGUGAGAUGGCUCCAGGCCCCCGGGACAGCACUGCUCCUCAGGCUGUGGGUCUGGGUGGUGCUGGGGGCUCUUCUCCUCCCUGAGGUGGGCGGCCAUCACCCGCCGCCCGGUUACGCCGUCCAUGAGAUCGUCCGGCCGAGGAAACUGGUCCUGACAGCAGGCAGGUCAGCACGGGGAGAGGUGUCCUACGUCAUCAGGGUAGAGGGUGAAAAUCGCAUCAUCCGCCUCACGCAGACGCGAGGACUGGUGGUGAACAACCUCCCGCUCAUCACCUACAGCCCCCGCGGGAUGAGGGUAGUGGAGCAGCCCCACGUCCCUGAGGGCUGCCAGCACCUGGGCUACGUGGAAGGCAGCCCUGGCUCCAUGGCAGCGCUGAGCACCUGCGCGGGGCUGAGGGGACAGCUGAGGAUCGGGAACCUGAGCUAUGGCAUCGAGCCUGUGCCGGGCUCUCUGACCUUCCAGCACCUCCUCUAUCGGCGAGAGAGCUGGGACAAGUCCUCGACGUGUGGCUUGACUGACAUAGCGAUGCGAAAGCAACCAAGCUGGAUGGGGGCAAAAAAACCCUUAGGGAAGCAAGGCUUGGAUCAGAGGCUGCAGCACACCAGGUACGUGGAGAUAUUUGUCGUGGUAGACCAUCAGCUGUUUUCCUUCCAAGGGAGCAAUGAAACCUCUGUGAUGUUUCUGGUUAUAGAUACAAUUAAUUUAUCAGAAAUACAUUAUUAUCCUCUGAAGAUCCGCAUCUGCCUAAUUGGGCUGGAGAUCUGGACGCGUGGCAACUUCAUCAGGUACAGCCCAGAUAUAGAAGAAGUUCUUACCAAUUUUAAUGACUGGGGAAAUAGGCAUCUUUCCCGUAGGAUAAAAUACGACGUUGCACAUCUAUUCACUUACACAGACUUUGGACUCACCGUUGGGCUGGCGUAUGUAGGCAGCAUCUGCUACCCCGGCUACCAGUCAGGUCUUGUAUCUCACAUACAAGAAGAUUUUGUGAUCUUUGCAACUAUUUUUACACACGAGCUGGGUCACAACCUGGGGAUGGAGCACGAUAGAAAGGAGUGCAGGUGUGGAAAUGCCAAGUGCUACAUGACAGGAGGUUCAAUCGAUGGUGCCACAGCUUUCAGCAACUGCAGCAUUCAAAGCUAUUUAGACCUGCUCAACAGAGGGGAUGGCAACUGCUUAAACAACAUCCCUGAGCCCAACAGAUUGUUCUACUUUAAGACCUGUGGCAACAAGGUGAUAGAUGAGGGAGAGCAGUGUGACUGCGGGGGCCUGCAGCACUGCCAAGGCAAUCCCUGCUGCUUCCAUAGCUGCAGGUUGAAGCCAGGGGCUGUCUGCUCUGUUGGGCAGUGCUGUCAGAAGUGCCACUUUCACCCUUCAGGGCACAAGUGCAGGUCAGAGGUAGAUGAGUGUGACUUGCCUGAGUAUUGCAAUGGGACAUCCGAGUGGUGUCCAGAGGAUUUGCACAUGCAAGACGGGACGCCCUGCAGUGACAAUGGUUACUGCUACCGUGGGAAAUGUACGUCCCAUGACAAACUAUGUAGAAAAAUCUUUGGGGAUGAAGCUCGGGGUGCUCCAGAAAGUUGCUUCGAAGAGCAGAACAUGAAAGGGGAUCGAUUUGGCAACUGUGGUGGCGAUGGGAAUGAAGUUGCUUUUGUGGAAUGUAAGCCCCAAAAUGCUCUGUGUGGAAGGUUGCAGUGUGUGAAUGUAAAGAAGACAGCCUUUCUGGAGAAGUUUGAAACCAUCAUUCAGACCCCAGGGCCUGAGGAUUGGUGCUGGGGCACAGCCCACCAUGCUAGCAUAGAUACACCUGAUAUUGGAGGAGGAACUGACGGCACCAAAUGUGGUCCAAAGAAGAUCUGCAUUAACAAGACAUGCACAGAUGUCAUCGUCAGAACCAAGUGCGAUGCAAAGGUUUUGUGCAAGGGGAAUGGGGUUUGCAACAACCUUGAACACUGCCACUGCAAAGCUGGCUGGGCCCCACCUGACUGCCAGUUCCGUGGCCUCGGGGGCAGCAUGGACAGUGGCCCCCCACCAGCUCUCAUGAUCUCCAUUGCAGAGGCUGUCCAAGAUAAAGCUUUUGGGACUGCAAUAGGAAUCACUGUUCUCGUUGCCCUCGUUCUAGUUGCUCUCCUCAUUGCUGCAAUCAAAUACAUCAAUGCAAUAAUUACACUUUUCAGUACAAAUUCAUCCACAGAGACACCUGAGACUCCUGAAAACGAGGAGCAGAAUAUGGAAGAGGAAGAAGACGAAGAAGCAGAAGUUUAAAAAACCUGAAAGCACUGGGAAACUCAUCAGCUGAGCUUUGGGAAGGACUGAGGGGCUCUGUGGGUACAUCCCUAAAGCCAGACUGACAGUCCCAGAUUUGUACAAAGUGAUUUAUGUAACGUAACUGUGUAAACUGUAUAAAAGUUAAUUACACAGAACUUGAGUAUUUCCUCUUCUUGUAUAACCAACUAUGUAAAUAAAUUUGGGUUGGGCCCUAAAAAUGAAACUAUGAGAAAUUAAAGAGCAUGAAAAAUAUAGGGUUGUUUUCCUCACACUGCAGCUAAAGAUACACUUGAGCAUUUAGAGGAGCACACACAGAUUCACGUGCAGUGCUGCUCUCCAUGUUCGUGAGAGGUGCUCCGCUGGGUUGAAGAAUCUUAAUUUUCUGAGUGUUGUGGCCAAGCAGGAGUUGGGAUGGAGAUGUGAGAAAAGUCAAAGCAUGGCAGUGUGUGCUGAUGAUUGAGUCACCAAGGUUGGAAAAUGCCUCUAAGAU